CCCACCGGCAUAGGUAUGUACCCGUGGGUGGUGCACCUGCACGUAGCCGGCACCGCGUGUGGAGGGUCGCUUAUCAGCUACCGACACGUGCUCACCGCGGCGCACUGCGUGGUUCUACAGCACGCGUAUAGAUACGAGGACGUGAAGGUUUUCUUAGCUGAAUACGACACUCGCACACCGACGGACUGCGUCGGCGGCCAGUGCGUCCAGACCGUGGUGAUGACGCCCGAGAGGAUCGUCCACCACAACCAGUAUCAAUCGCAAGUGUUCCACAACGACAUUGCCAUGUUGACGCUCAGAGGAGACGCACCUAAGACUGGGUACAUCCGCCCUAUUCUCCUGCCGACUUUCAACAUUAACGAACCCAAAUACGAAGGCACCCCUCUCACCAUAACCGGCUGGGGUCAAACCGAGCACAGCGAAUCAUCGCCCAUCAAACUCCACGCACAUGUCCAGCUAGUAUCCCCUAAUACUUGCAGCAGACACGCGCAGGUGACACCCGGAGUUCUUUGCGCAUCAAGCAAGGAUGGCCAAGAUAUGUGCUUCGGCGACUCUGGUGGACCGAUCAUGUUAGAGCAGCACGGAAAAUAUUAUCUUACAGGAAUUGUCAGUAACAGGAUUUCCCGUUGUGGUUCAUCGGUGCCGUCUAUGUAUACUAAUGUGUAUUCUUAUUUGGAUUGGAUACAGUCUAAUAUGAGGAAUUAAAGAACAAUG